AUGGAUGGCGCGGACGCGGGCGCGGGGGCGGGAGCGGGCGCGGACGCGGGCGCCGGAGCGGAGUCGGCGGCGCGCGGCGCGGCGCUUGAGCGUGCCUAUGUGCAUGAGGCCCCCAGCCGACCUAGCCAAGGUGACAAUCGCUAUCGCUACGACAACGAAACGCUUUGUGUCUCUCUAUCACUCUUCCAUAUUAAUGCAACAGUGGCAGCACGUAAAUUACAGGUGUAUGAGCAGGCGGGCGAGGACGGCGACGAUGCUCGCGCGCCCGCGCCCCGCGUGCAGGCCUUCCUCGACGACCUGGACCCUGGCAGCCUUGUCUGCGAUGUCGGUUGUGGUAACGGGAAGUACCUGAGCGUGAAUCCGUCCGUGUACGCGGUGGGCGGGGACCGCUGCACCCGGCUGACCGCGCACGCCCGGCACCACGACAAUGAGGUGGUGGCAUGCGACAACCUCUGCCUCCCCUUCCGAGAUGAGUCCUUCGACGCCGUGCUGUCGAUCGCGGUGGUGCACCACUUCGCCACCGUGGAACGGCGAGCCAUGGCGUUACGGGAACUGGCGAGGGUGACGAGGAUCGGAGGGAGGCUGCUGCUGACUGUAUGGGCUAUGGAGCAUGAGGGCCGGAAUUUUCAUUCCCAGGAUGUUUUAAUCCCAUGGCAUCGGCCCGCCACGCUGUGUCCGCCCACACCGGCUCCUCGAAGAUUCCUCUCCGUCGACCAUGACCAGAACGCCGAGCCGUGGAAGAGCCGCGAGGGGUCGCCGGGGUCGUCGUCGCUGUCGUCGCCGAACGAGACGUGCUACUCGUUCGUGCGGCGCGCGCUGCAGCGGCUGGCGGGGCGCCGCUCCUUCCUGCCGUCGUGGCGCGCGCCCGCCCGCGCGCCGCGCGCCGGGCCGCGCGCCGAGCCCGCCGCCGCCGACCUGCCCAUCGAGCUGCGCCGCCUCGACGAGGUGCUCCCGCCGGGACGAGGCGCCCGCCAGUCGCGGAGCUUGACCGACAUCGCCGAUAUAGAGCGGCGGGCGCUGGUCCGCUCCCGCUCGAGCCUCCCGAGCCUCGGCGUGGAGGAGCCCCCGCCCGAGGACCCUCCCCCGCCCGAACUCGAGCCGAGAAAGAAACCUCGGCUGGUGAAACAGAAGAAAUCUAUCAAUGAGGACGACGCGGACGAAGAUUUGGACAAGCCUACCGACAUGAAGAGUCUAGUGGAGGAGAUGCCUAAUUUUAAAAUCCACACGCACAGGUUAUCGUCCAAGAAGCCUGGAGUUUUUAAGCAGACCUCGCUCAAUGAGGAGCUGAUGUCCGUGGAGAGGCUGCGCGAGAAGGAGCAUCUGAGGAGGAAUAUUCAGAAGCAGGCGUCGCUCAACGAGGAGUAUCUGUACCAUCGCCCGGGGGCUCUCGACUCGAUCCGCGACUCCAUAUUUUCCACGUCGGCGAACACGGCUAAAAAGUUCCAGUCGCUGAAAAACGGCCUCACUAGUAAAUUCAAAACGUCCACAACGAAUAUAGAUAAAGUGACCGUGUUCGUGCGCAUGCUGCAGGGUUGGAAGAAUCACGGACCGGUACCCGAAGUUCCUACGCCAAACGACAAUACUACUGGAAGCGAGAGGACUUAUCCGGAAAGGCGGCAUUCGAAGGAGGAUGGCUCGGAUUCGUCGAAGGAUAGCAGCUUACAGAGUGACACUAGUGUUGACUCGGAGGACAGUUUCGCGUCAGUGAUAUAUGUGCCCAAAGCGGACGGUUCGGGUGAUCCAUUAUCGCCUACGCCGCUCUCACCCGGACCGACCUCGCCCAGGUUAAAGGUGUCUUCUGUACCGACCUCGCCUAGAAUGAAAAAUUCACCAGGCCUACCGUCUCCGCGGAUAAAACAAGCUUUCCCCUUAAUACGACCACCGGCCUCCCCCAGCGCGGUCCAAGCGCCUGUCAAUAAAAUACUAGUCGCCCAAUACAGUCUUAAAAAUUAUACCACAUCGAGUGCAGUGUGCGCCGCUCCUCUAAAACCACAGUCAAAAAGCCAGCCUAAUUCACCACCAAAAUCGGAGCCAGAUGAGAAACUUGCCAAUAUCAAGCCGAUAGUAUUAAUACCAGAACCACGGCCAAUUAUAAAUAAAAUACCCGCUCCAAUAGAAAUAUACCAAGAAAUUGACCCAAUACCGCCUAUAAAAGAGGAGGAAGAAACCACGCCUUCUGAUGUGACUAAAGAAUUAUUAGCUGAAAUUAGUAGGGACAUUGAAGAGAUUCACAAACUAACAGCGGAAAGUAAUCAAAUAAAACCUCGUGUUCUUCAGGAUGUAAAACCAUAUCCGAAGAUAACUUUACAGACGGUUGCAGAACUGCCCGAAAUUCCACAAUUUAAACCUAAAGAGCCUCGGAAAUCUCCUACUAAUGACAAUUUAGAUUCAAGGGCGGCAGAUCGUAAGCGAAAAGAGAGAAUAAGGCAAAUUAAAGAGAUGCUCAAUAAAGGAAUUCCUGCAGCAAAUGUCAGUAGGAGGCCACCGUUUCCAAUAGUUCGAUGCAACAGGAAAGCGGAGGCGAUAGCCAAGAGUCACCCAAAGCUAAUGUCUCUGGAAUUGUUCAACCCGGCCACUGAUGAUGUAGACAGCGAUUCGAGUGGUGUGUCGUCUCCAGACUCUGUCGACAGCGUUAUAAGUGUUGUCCCGGAAGAAUUACGAAAGACUGCAAUGGAAAAAGACCUUCCAAACCCAUCAAUAGUGGAGCCUAUUAAUGAGAAAGAAGACGAAAAGUCCGAAAAAUCUCCUUCGAUAUCUCCGUCACCACAAAACCUUUUAGAAGCGGCAGCUGAAGUCGCUGCUACUUUAGACGAAACCUGCGAAACUGUUAUAAAAUCCAGCCCGAGAUCAAAGCGAAAGCAUUUAGAAAAACUUGAAAGCAGUGAAGCGAUGGCCAUCGUCCAAGGGGCUUCAAGCAGUAGCAGUAGUAGCAACUGGAGCCUUAACAAACUCUCUCCUGGUGACUUGAGGAUUUUGGACGACAAGUCCAGGUCACAUACCAGCUCAAGUGGUGGAAGCUCUUCAAGCCUGGAGCGACUCUCACCAGGCAGGAGGUCAAAAGAGCGCUCUCCAAAACUCGGCAGCACAAGCAACUCUACGUGGAGUCUAAAUCGAUUGUCCCCCAACAGACCCGAAGGUCGCUCCCUAGACGAAAACCUCAGCAAGAGCCACAGGAGCCCAACCAGAAUACCUUACGAUUCUGUUUCAAUGUCAAGCACCGACUCUGAGAAAUCCAUCUCAAAAUCUGAGAGCUUCAAUAGGAUACAGAAUGAACCUCUUAUUACGUGCAAAUCAGACAUGCUGGCUAAAGAAGAAGAUUGGAUAGCUGAUCGGCACGAGCGCGGUCAUCAUUUAACGGAAUUCGCUGAGAAACUUAGCGAGAAAUUGCUUCAGGAAAUAGACCAAUACUCCAAGCGGAUUAACGAGGAAGACUUCGACUUGCCAAGUAGUAGUAGUAGCGAGAAAAGUAUUUCCCUUAGACUUAAACGGGAAGAGGAAGACAGAAAUACACAAAAGAUUCUCGACGAGCUCUCUGAUAGCUUACAACACCUAGAUGAUCCAUACAUUAGUAAAAUAGGCACUGACAUGCAUGGUUUGAAUAAACUGAGCGCCGAAAUUCAAGAGCGACAAAAAUUCAUAGCAUCCUUAAACGACUCGCAAGAGACAGAUAUAAAUAAACUUUUCCCAAAAUGCGGAACUAAGCUAAAAAGCAAAAAGAGGUCGAAAGACGUCGAUCCUAUUAUAAACAAAUAUAGGGAACUUAAAAAGAGCAUGAAAGUAACCAGCGAAGAAGACAUUUAUCUAAAUAACUGUGCCAACAUCCAAUAUAACGUGACAAAAUCUACAGAAGAUAAAUUACCUGAUAUGGACACUAAAAAUCCAGACGAUGACAGCGCGAUUUGCUCGAGCAACGGUAACCCUGAGAUCACAAUCGAUUCUGGAGCGUAUGACACCAGCCAGUCGCUCGAAACUGGGUACUCGCUUGAGUCAGAAAUAAGUGUAGACUCACUAUGUACAAGUACUGACAAAAGGUCGUCACUCAAAGUCGGACAGUCGACUGACUCGAGCGAUCUUGACAAGAUGGAGAUAAGUCCAGAGUCAAUCACGUCGCGUUCAAGUGCCAGCACAGCGCCGCUAAAGUCUGGAUUUUCAAUUGAGUCCAGCGAUACGUAUGCAGGAAGCGAUUGGAGUCGACGAGAUAAAACUGGAAGCACCGCUUCGCUCGGCUGCGCGAGUUUAGCUUCUUUGCCUUCAUGCAGCGAGUGCUCCAAGGAUAGAAAGCUGUUGGAAACGCGGUCGUCUUCAGAAGACACAGCCCCGGCAGCGACAUCAGCUAGAGCUAUGCCUCACGCUCCACUCCUGCCUUCUCUGAGUGACGGUUCAGACAGUUUACCCUCAGAAGGCGGGGCAGUAACCUACCACAGAUACUAUCACGUUUUUAAAAGAGGCGAGCUAGACCAACUGAUCGAGCAAUACGUUGAGAGUCUCCACGUCGUCUCGUCCUUCUACGACCAAGCCAGCUGGUGUGUGAUCGCGGAAAAAGUUCAAGUGUGGACUAUUUAAUUUCCUUAUUACAAAACUUUAAUAGUGACUAACACUAUUCAAGUGACCUUAACGAACUCAAGUGAGUGUUAAACAUUGACCCGGGUGUUAAACCGAUUGCCAAAAGCGAAGCUUUUGUUUUUAAUAUACUUAUUCUUAGUCGCUCUAUACCGGUUUACUAGUUGUUACCUAUACUGUGUCUACUCGCCCAGGCUACGUCGAGUCUUAGUGCUUUAACAGACCGGCGUACCGGACCGCGACCUUAGUACGGUGUGAGCCUUGUCCGAUCGAGUGGAAGGUGGUUCGC